AUGACUGGAAAAACCUUAACAAAUUUUUCUACCUAUGAUUGGUUGCACAAUGGGCAUGUUACUAAUAACAAUGAGAAGAUGUCAAAAUCUUUGGGUAACUUUUUCACAAUUCGCCACAUUACUCAGAGAUAUCAUCCACUGGCUUUGCGGUCCUUCUUGAUAAAUGCACACUAUCGUUCUCCUCUCAAUUACUCCGUUGUUCAGUUGGAAGCCUUUCUAGAAGCGUUGAAGUUGGUAAACAAUUUGUUGACCAUGCUAAAGAAGAAGCAGCAAAAGCAGCAAAGAUUAUUGGUAAUUCAAUCCCUUAAAGAGAUUGAGAAAGAAGUUACGAAAGUUUUGGAUGUACUUGGAUUGCAGCCACCUUGCUCUUAUAAUGAGGUUUUGCUGCAAUUAAAGGACAAAGCAUUAACAAGAGCCGGGUUGGUGGAAGAUGAUGUGAUUCGUCUAAUUAACGAAAGAUUUGAAGUGAGGAGAAACAAAGACUUCUUGAAAAGUGAUCAGAUGAGAGCUCAUUUGUAAGCAAAGGGCAUUGCACUCAUGGAUGUAGGCAUGGAAACAAUUUGGAGACCUUGUGUUCCUGUUCAACAAGAAUCAGAAGUA